AUGAGGCAGAAGGAAAUGUUAACCAAGCCCUUUCAAGGCCCAGCAGUUGUGUGUAAGACACCGAGCAGCCACGUUUACUUGUUUAAGGAUGGCGGUGGGGACUCGGGAGACUCCUCUGAGGAAGAGUCGCCCCAUGUGGUUCUGCGGCCCCGGAGCAAGGACUGUACUCACCACCCUCACCAGUCUGGAGCCACCGACAUGGUACUGUUACAGCGGGAGCUGGCCCAGGAAGACAGCCUCAACAAGCUGGCACUGCAAUAUGGCUGCAAAGUGGCAGACAUCAAGAAAGUCAACAACUUUAUUCGAGAACAAGACUUAUAUGCUUUAAAAUCUAUUAAGAUACCAGUGAAAAAUCAUGGGAUCCUAACGGAGAUGCACAAAGAGCUAAAACCCCUCUCAAGGCCAUCCUCAGAGACCAGAGUGACCUUUUCGGAGCUGCCCAACCCAGACAGAGCAGCUGCAGGUGUUGGGGUCCAAUCCAGCCAGCUGACAGAUUUCUUUAAGGGGAUCGACCAGAAUAUUGAGAGCGCAGUGCAGUCAGAAAUCUUUCUGCAUGAAAGUUACUGCAUUGAGACCUCCAGUCAGCCGCUGCUUCCUGCUUCUCAGAAGACGCCAGCAAAUGGUGCGGACUGUGGAAUUCAGUGGUGGAAUGCUGUUUUUAUCAUGCUCCUGAUUGGGGUUGUUUUGCCAGUGUUUUAUUUGGUCUAUUUUAAAAUACAAGCUACUGGCGAGACACCUAGUAGCUUGAACACAACUGUUGUACCCAAUGGCUCGAUAGCAAUGAGUGUAAUUCCAGGGAAAGCCUCCAAAUUAGCAAUGCCCAUGCCAGCCAUCCCCUCUUCAGACAGCCAUUUCAGUCAGACCACCCAUGUAGGAAACUAA